GAAAUAGUAAUAAAUACUUGUGAAAUAGAGGGGGAGAAGUAUCUAGAAGCUGGAAACUACGCACUCACUCAAUUCUCUCGAUCACUCAUCUCCGCAUGCAUUCUCUCAUGGACGAAGACGGCGAUAAUCCAAUCCCCAACCUUGACGACGAAGUUCACGUUCAUUUUACUGGAACGUUGUUGCUUGAUGGUAAGAAGUUUGACUCUAGCAGCGACAGAGGAACAAGUACCUUCAGUUUCACGCUUGGACGAGGGCAAGUUAUUAAAGGUUGGGGUGAGGGUAUGAGAACAAUGAGAAAAGGUGAAAAGGCCCUUUUCACUAUUCCACCUGAGUUAGCUUAUGGUAAAUCUGGUCUUCCUCCAAAUAUUCCUCCUAAUGCCACUCUACAAUACGAUGUUGAGCUACUGUCUUCGACCAGUUCAAAAGAUAUAUGUGAUAUAUGUAUGGAUGGAGGAUUGUUUAAGGAGAUACUCGAUGAGGGGGAGAAAUGGGAAAACCCCAAGGAUCUUGAUGAAGUGUUAGUUAAGUAUGAAGCGCAUCUUGAUGAUGGAACACUAGUAGCAAAAUCUGAUGGAGUGGAGUUCACAGUGAAGGAGGGUUUUUUUUGUCUUGCAUUGUCAAAGGCUGUUAAGACUAUGAAGAAGGGAGAGAAUGUAGCAUUGACUGUGAAGCCACAGUAUGGAUUUGGUGUGAAGGGCAAACCAGCUCAUGGUGAUGAAAUUGCAGUUCCACCUAAUGCAACAUUGAAGAUUAACCUUGAGUUGGUUUCUUGGAAGACUGUUUUUGAAGUAACCGAUGACAAGAAGGUUAUCAAAAAGAUUCUCAAGGAAGGCGAAGGAUACAAGUGUCCAAAAGAUGGAGCUGCUGUAAAAUUGAAACUUAUUGGUAAGUUGCAAGAUGACACUGUAUUUUUGAAGAAGGGCCAUGGCGAUGAAUUCACAACAGAUGAAGAGCAAGUGAUUGAUGGGCUCGAUAAAGCUGUAAUGACCAUGAAGAAGGGUGAGGUAGCAUUGUUGACUAUUGCACCCGAGUAUGCUUUUGGUUCAUCUGAGUCUCAGCAGGAAUUGGCAGUGGUCCCUCCUAAUUCAACCUUGUAUUAUGAGGUUGAGUUAGUAUCGUUCAUAAAGUGUUUUCAGGACAUUCUUUCUGGGGAUAUUGGUUUUACUGUACAUACUACGGAAGAGAGUCAAAACGGCAACUUCGAUUCGAUUUUGAUGUCUAGUACUACAGUUCACCCACGCUAUAGUCACCUAAAUCUUGAAGAAAAAGGCAUGCACUACAAUGGCGAUGCUAGUCAUGUUUUGACUCUUGCCACAACCUUUAGACUUGUUCUUUUUUGUAGGCUUAUUGUCCAUGUAAUCAUCUAACAAUAGAUGCACAAGCUACAUAAUACAAAAAAUCAAUAAAAACUCCAUAUUAAGUAAAUCGUAUGUAUUUUUCACAAAAAAAUAAAAUAGAGUAAAAGCAAAAUAUAUUUACCUGAAGAAAUGUGCUGUGACAAAUACUUGUAACAUGACAAAUCCAAUUUUCUCCUGAAACUCUAACUCAAGAUCUAGGCUACGAGAAUCGACCUUUCUAGCCGCACCAGAGUCAUCAUACCUCAAAUCAGCAGAUUGAACAAAUAUAGCCGCAACGUCAUCUUUCAUCUGAAACUUCCCAUCCUCAUGUGUAACAACACAUUCAGAUUUCCUUUUCUUUGUGUAGGUUAAUUUAUACCCCGUUUGUAUCAUAUCUAAGAUUAUAGAAGAUAUCCAGUCACCAUCUGUUCUAUAAAAGGUGUUCACCAACUUAACAUUAAUUUCCUCUUCUGCUACUGAAAAGUUUUUGAGUAAUGAUUGUGAAGCUAUGUAAAUUUUAUCCUUCAGAAGAGUACAUAAACUGCACAAAAAAUCAUAAAAACAUGAGUGCAAUGUCUGGCUUCUGUUGUCUUCUGUUGGUUCAGGUUCUACACUUAUGGAAGCCAGACAUUGCACUCAUGUUUUUAUGAUUUUUUGUGCAGUUUAUGUACUCUUCUGAAGGAUAAAAUUUACAUAGCUUCACAAUCAUUACUCAAAAACUUUUUAGUAGCAGAAAAGGAACUUAAUGCUAAGUUGGUGAACACCUUUUAUAGAUCAGAUGGUGACUGAAUAUCUUUUGUAAUCUUAGAUAUGAAACACUCGGGGUAUAUUUAUACCCUGCACAAAGAAAAGGAAAUCUGAAUGUGUUGUUACACAUGAGGAUGGGAAGUUUCAGAUGAAAGAUGACGUUGCGGCUAUAUUUGUUCAAUCUGCUGAUUUGAGAUAUGAUGACUCUGGUGCGGCUAGAAAGGUCGAUUCUCGUAGCCUAGAUCUUGAGUUAGAGUUUCAGGAGAAAAUUGGAUUUGUCAUGUUACAAGUAUUUGUCACAACACAUUUCUUCAGGUAAAUAUAUUUUGCUUUUACUCUAUUUUAUUUUUUUGUGAAAAAUAUAUACGAUUUACUUAAUAUGGAGUUUUUAUUGAUUUUUUGUAUUAUGUAGCUUGUGCGUCCUAUUGUUAGAUGGUUACAUGGACAAUAAGCCUACAAAAAAGAACAAGUCUAAAGGCUGUGGCAAGAGUAAAGGGAUGCAGUCCCAAACAAGGGUGCAGCCAGAAAAAGGGGAGGAGACUGCAGUGAAAGAUGAGCAGGAAACUGUAGUGGAAGAUGAGCAGGAGACUGUAGUGGAAGAUGUGCCGGAGAUUGUAGUGAAAAAGGAGCAAGAGACUGUAAUGAAAGAGGAGCAAGAAAAUACUUUCAAUAAUCUUUCUGAGUUGAUCAGUCAGAGAGUUUCUGAAGCUAUAAAUAAGAGUCUGAAUUCACACAAACAGCUUGUCUCUGACUUUGAUGAGCAUAUUGAAACCAUUCUUAGUGAAUGCGAGCAUACUUAUGACGCUUUCCUUUUGACACAAAUGCGGUAUGAGAUUUACAACCAAGCAGCAAGGAAUGUCGCUGAAUUGUAUGAAAAUAACUUCUAUGAAAAACACCAGCAUUUUGAUUUUAAUUUGGAUGCCUGGACGAAUGUCGGCAAGGUAAGUCAUAUGUGAAGAGGUAUCAAAAAUCAGACGAGGAGGCGAAUUUUUUUGGCAAUAUUGGUGAAAGGUUGGCCAGAGACUACUUAUCUAAUAAAUACAAUGACAAAGUAAAGGGUCAUGAUAUCCGUUGGCUUAAUGAAGUGUCCGAGUCCCAUGGACCAUAUGAUUUAGCCCUUUUCAAAGAAAAAGACAUACUUCAUUACUUUGAGGAGGUAAAAAUCACUGAUAUUCCCGAAAAAUUCUGGUUCAAAAUGACUCCUAACGAAAUUGACUUGGCCUCAAAAAGUGGUGAUUUUUACAGUGUGGUAUUCCUUAAGGUUAGACCUGAUUAUAGUGUUGAUAUAUUCGAAAUAAAAAAUCCACUGUCAAAGCAGAGUGAGAUGCAAGCAAUCUUAAGGGCCAGGAAAGAAGCAAAGGGACUGCAGUGUGUGCUUUGAUGACAGCCGACGAAGUUAAUGAUAUAUUGAAACCCUUGAAACUGCAUUUGUCAAGGGGAAGUGAGAAAGUUUAGGGUGGGUGGGGAUUCUGUAUUGAAAUGUUUUAUCUUGAUGAAUGAUGAUGAAUAUUCCUGUAUUGAGAGUAAUGACAUGAUGAUGAUGAAUGAGUACUUUUUAAUAUAUGUUUGUCUUAA